CAGUUACAGGGAGCACCACCAGGGAACAUCUCAGGGAGACUGGUUGCAAGCAGUGGGGCUUACAGUCUGCCUGCUGGUCUCUCCGCCACCCUGUGGGGAGAGCCUUGCCUUGGCAUCCCUUGUGUUUGACUGCAAAGAAACCCGCGUGGAGGAAGGAGUUACCCAAUUUGGCCCGGCAGAAACUCCGCUGAGCGCAACUUGCCUCCACAAUGCUCCUCCUGUUGCUGGGCAUCAUCGUCCUCCACGUCGCAGUGCUGGUGCUGCUCUUCGUCUCCACGAUUGUCAGCCAAUGGAUCGUGGGCAAUGGACACGCAACCGACCUCUGGCAGAACUGUAGCACCUCUUCCUCGGGCACCGUCCACCACUGUUACUCAUCAUCCGCGAACGAAUGGCUGCAGUCUGUCCAGGCCACCAUGAUCCUGUCCAUCAUCUUCAGUGUUCUGUCCCUGUUCCUGUUCUUCUGCCAGCUCUUCACCCUCACCAAAGGGGGCCGGUUUUACAUCACUGGAGUCUUCCAAAUCCUUGCCGGUCUGUGCGUGAUGAGCGCAGCAUCCAUCUACACGGUGAGGCACCCGGAAUGGCAUUUCAACUCUGAGUACUCCUAUGGCUUUGCCUACAUCCUGGCCUGGGUGGCCUUCCCUCUGGCCCUGCUCAGCGGCGUCAUAUACGUGAUCUUGCGGAAACGCGAAUGAGGCUCCCAGACAGCUGGUCUGAGGCACUGAGCAUACAUAGGGGAAGGGAGGAAGGAAACCAGAAACCAGAAGAAAAAAAGACAAAAAGACAAAAAAAAAAAGAGCUAGUCAAAAAACCCAAACUCAAACCAAACCAAACAGAAAGCAGUUGAAGGGGGGGUUAGUGUUGACUGAAGAUGUAUAUAAUAUCUACGGUUUAUAAACCUAUUUAUAACACUUUUUACAUAUAUGUACAUAGUAUUGUUUGCUUUUUAUGUUGACCAUCAGCCUUGUGUUGAAUCCUAAAGAAGUAGCUAAGGAACUUUACAUCCUAACCGUGUAAUCGAGCUCAGUAUUUUUGUUCUGUUUUUUGUUCUUUUUGUUUUGCCCGGACAUGAAAUAACUCCGUCUUGCCCCUUCCCUUUUAUCUGAAAGAAGAUACCUCCCUUCCACUCCACCUCAUUAGAAAACCAAAGUAUGGGUAGAAACUCCGAAUGGCCAAAAGCCCUUAAAUUGUGGGUGACCCAGUGCAUCUCGCACAGAGACGGGCACCGCCCACACCUCUGUGCGAAGCCUCACACUCACAUGGACAAAACCCCCAAACUGGAGCCCUCGGCAAAAACAUGGCUUGUGGCCUUGGAAUACUUGCCCUUGACGGUGGGUGUCUCAGUCACACGUCGAGAUGAGAAAUCGGUGACAACAAACCUAUGAAAUGGUGCUAUGUAUUUACCAUUCCUUAUUAUCACUAAUCAUCUAAACUACUCACUGGAAAUUCAAUUAACGAUUUUACGACAUAAAGUAGAAUGGAGACCUGAAUAAUUCUCUGUACUAUAAAUGGUUUAUAACUGCUUUUGUACCUAGCUAGGCUGCAGUUAUUACAAUAAUAAAGAAAUAAUAAACACAGCUUUUAUCGCUCCCACAUUCUUCUUACGGUCGGAGCAUCGGGACAAGCCUCUAGACGCCCCCCUGCCUGGGACUGUGCAUUCCCAGGGCUCAGCUGGGUCUAGACUGUUCUCUGCUUCCAAGGACUGUCUGGCAAUGACUCGUACUGGCCACCAACUGUAGAUGUAUAUACGGUGCCCUUCUGAUGCUAAGACUCCAGACCUUUUUUUUUUUUUUGGCUUUGCUUUUCCUGAUUUUAUACCAACUGUGUGGACUAAGAUGCAUUAAAAUAAACAUCAGAGUAA